UAUUCUAUUUACUGUCUGUUAAUCAAAUCAAAGAAAGAACAAUAACAUGCUGUUGACUUUGCUCCCUGUUGAGCUCCUUAUUGAAAUCCUCUCCCAGGUUUCAAGGAGUGAUCUAAAACGCCUAUGCGAGGUCUCCAAGCUGUUCAACAAGCUCGCCACCCCAAUCCUAUAUAGAUCUGUUCUUAUAAAGGCUGAGAGCGAAGUUUCAUUAGAAGAGAGCCUGGACACUAAGCUCCUGAACAUUACUUGUUGUCAUUCAGAGAAUGUUCUUUGCUUUACCCGGGAUUUUCAAAUUACCUCCUCCUUCCAUGACCUCACCCAUAAACGUUGCUCUCGAAACUGGGACUUCAACGACUAUUACUCCGGUGAAUUUCAGAAUGAGGAUGGUGAUAUUCUAAUGGGCAAGCUGGAACAGACAAUCAUCCACUUUCUUGAAAAGCUUGAGGAUGGCCAACUCCGCAAUUUCAGUUGGGAGUUAGGAACCUGCAUACCCGAGCAACUCCUGAGUUCCUAUAAUGGGCAGCUCCAAGCCAAGCAGAACAAGAUUGAGUCUAUAUGGCUAGUAAUGGAUGGCAGCUGCUACACACAUGAUUUUGUUGGUGCCCCAGACCUGACUUCAUUUCAAAACCUGAAAUGCCUAUCCCUGAUUGGGCUCAACUGGUUUUACUUUGAAUCUCUUUGGGGUACAUUCAAUGGAAUAUCCGACCAGUUACAGGAAUUGGAGUUAGAUUUUGUGGACUGGCAAGCCAUAGAUUAUGACCCUGACAGUCCCGAAAACUAUUUCGCGGAAGAAGCACUCGGAAUGUCACGCAAGGACAAAAUAUGCAUAUUCCCUUCAUUAAAGGUACUUUUGCUCUCUAGAGUCCCUUUUCAGCCCUUCCAGCGGGCAAUGGCGUAUGCGUUUGGAUUCACCCACCUCCAAUCAUUAAGGCUACAACUCUGUCCAGGCUGGGAGGGGUUCCUAGCACACAUACAAUGCUUGAACUUGCAGAUUCACCUCAAAAUGCUUGAGGUGCAGCAUACUGUGAAUUGUGAGGAUUCUAUGGGUGAAGGUGAGCAGCUUCUGACUUUCCUGCAUGCGUUUGAUGGCUUGGAGGAAUUAUUUGUUUCCACUUCAGGACCCUCAUCUGCUGUGGACCUCUGGUGUGCUGCACUCAAACAUGGUGCCACUCUUAAAAGAUUCAUUCAUCAUCAGAGGACAGUAAACAUAGAUGAUGAGUUGGUGUACUUUGAAGAGGAGUGCAACCUGCCUGACCUAUUGUUUGGACCUGAGGGUAUCAACCAGUUAAGCCAAGAUCCAUCAUGGAACCUGCUAGUCAGCCUUGAUCUGGAGUGUUUAGGGAUGUGCUGCAUUCCAAGUUAUCUGAAACACCUCCUUGCCCCUUGCACAGCAAAAUGUCUUUUGAAGGUAUUACACAUAAGGGGCUCAGGUUCAGACACCCUAAAGUACAAAAGCCUUAUUAUACAGAGAGAUAAGUACAUAAACAAUGGCAAAGAGUGCUCUAAAGUCACAACAAAGCUUCAUCACUUUGCAGAAUGGAUAUUCAGACCAGAAGGCUUUCCAUCCAUGAAAGUUCUUGCUGCAGGCGAUUUUUCUCACGAUGGAUGGUACUUAAAAACUAAUGUGAUCCUCUGCUGGAGAGAGGUUUCUGACCCUCCUGAAACUAUUUCUGGAAGAUUCUACAGAUAUGCCAAAGAAAGUGAUGUGGGGGUGUGGUUGUUGCUUGAAACAUAUUCCUCAGCUCUUGCUGCAUGUCCAACAGAUAGUAUUUUGGAAUAUGGGGCUUAGUUUCUAUGUCACUUCCUGACUCGAGGGUUCCGAUGAUGAUAUCUUGAAAUUCAUAUUGUCUUUCCACCUUUCUUUUUGUACUCGUGGAUUUUUUUGGCGGGGUAUGUACACAAAUAUCAACUGUAUCAGGGCUCCAUAAUCCUUAGUAAACAGUUAAUACAAUUAUUGCCCGUGGACAGCUGGCCAUGACUUUAUUUUGGCCGGCGGCGCCCACAAAACGGUAGGUACCGAGAAGGUUGUUGUACCUCUUUAUUGAGGUGGCAGAAGGCCGCGGAGAAUUAUAAGUCUAGAUCGGAGGAGGUAGAAUUUUUUUACGGGGUAAACGAAGCAAGACACUUGUAAACGAUGCCAAUUCUAUUCAACCUAACAUACAAAUAGAGCGCAAUAUACAAAGAUUCAAA